UAUCUGUGCAACUGUCAGUAGACAGACCGCUGGCGAGUCCGACAGCCGCAAACCCAGUCUCAUAAUUUAGUUUUUUUAUCCGAAAAAUAGAGCAACAUUUAACAUUAAUUUUCGACAGCUCACGAGAGUGAGUCGUCCUCCUGGAGUUUGUUUAAAUUGACGCAUAACUGCGAAGGCAAAAAAGGUUUAUUAGAGAUGUCUUAUGGUGAGGCCGUGAUGGUGGAGCAGUGAGGAGAAGAUCCAGAAGAAAAACUUGAAAUAUAAAAAAAAGUGUUUAAGUACUUCAACUCGAAGACCAAACCAAUGUUGGCACCGGAACAGGAGCAACUGAAUCCCUCAAAACCCAUCAAAUACGGAGAGCUCAUCAUCUUCGGUUACAAUGGCUCACUAUCAAACGGAGACCGGGGCAGAAGGAGAAGUCGUUUCGCUCUCUAUAAGAGACCCAAAGCUAACGGAGUCAAACCCAGCACUGUCCACACCGCAUGCAGUCCGCAGGCUGCCAAGGCCAUUAGUAACAAAGACCAGCACAGUGUGUCAUACACCCUAUCCAGGGCGCAGACUGUAGUCGUGGAGUACACACACGACAACACCACAGACAUGUUUCAGAUCGGUCGGUCCACUGAAAGCCCCAUAGAUUUCGUGGUGAUGGACACCGUGCCUGGUUGUCAUGGCAACAGCGACACGCUGUCGUCCCAGAGCACCAUUUCGCGGUUCGCCUGUCGGAUCGUGUGCCAGAGAGCGCCGCCCUACGCCGCACGCAUCUACGCUGCCGGCUUCGACUCGACCAAGAGCAUCUUCCUUGGGGAGAAAGCGGCGAAAUGGUGGUGUGCGGACAGCCAGAUGGACGGACUGACCACGAACGGUGUAUUAGUGAUGCGUCCACAACACGGCUUCACCUGCGAGUCCAAACCGGGCACCUGGAGAGAGAUCUCCGUCUGUGGAAACGUCUUCACGCUCAGGGAGACGCGGUCGGCACAGAAACCGGGCAAAUUGGUUGAAAAUGAAUGCCAGGAGCUAGUCGACGGCUCUUUAAUCGAUCUGUGUGGCGCGACCCUUCUGUGGCGGUCAGCGGAAGGCCUCUCUCGCACACCCACCGUCAAACACCUGGAGGCGCUUCGCAGGGAGCUGAACGCCGCUCGACCGCAGUGUCCUGUGGGCCUUCACACUCUGGCCUUCCCCAGCUUAGAUCGCUCCAUCAGGGGUUCGCCCCACGAGGACCAGCCCUGGGCGUAUCUUCACUGCGGACACGUGCACGGUUACCACGCUUGGAGGGGCCGCCGCAGGGUCACGAAGGAGGGCUCGACCGAAGAAGAGGACGAUGAGUCUGAAACAAAAGAGGCAAUGGAGCCGGAAGUAUUGAGGGAGGGGGACAGAGAGUGUCCGCUGUGCCGCACGCGGGGUUUGUACGUUCCGUUGAAGCUAGGCUGCGAGUCGGGCUUCUACCUGGACGCGGAUCCUCCAACACACGCUUUCAUUCCGUGCGGUCACGUGUGCUCGGAACAAACGGCCGCGUUUUGGAGUAAACUGCCAAUACCGCAUGGAGCACACGGCCUUUACCCAGCAUGCCCGUUCUGCAUGAAAGCCGUCGCUCGGGACAGAAAGUAUGUACGACUUAUUUUUCAGGGACCGUCGGACUAAUUGUGUGUGUGCGUGUUCAAGACUCCACUGGACUUCUUCAGGCCGCUAAACUGCCAGCCCACGUAUUUAGCCCACAUCACUGUUUUUUCCCACAAGCCAUCUGUUCUCUGCACUGCCAACUGCCUUGUGCUCUCCGAUUGGACGAAGCGAAACAUUCGCUGUACAUUUAGUAGUCGACUGUUAGUGUAUGAGGUUAAGCUUUGAAAAAUAAAAAAUAAUACAUGGUAUACAAUCAUUUGUAUUUCAUUUCUUGAUUCGUCAGGCAUCCGAAGAUUAUGCACUUAAAUGCACUUGUUGUUCCGAUUUAUUGCUUUGGGUUUCAUUUUGUGUGCUGCAAUUUUCUCAAAAUACCAAAUAUUUUCAGCAUUAAUGAUAUGAGGAUUUCAGCCUGCAGAAUAUGAUAUUAUAUUAUUAAUAUAUAUUAUAUGGGUUUAAUUGUAUUGUGGUUUCAUUUUCUCAGAUGUUUUUGUA